AUGAAGCAUGAAGAGAUAGUAGUAGAAGACAAUGUCUCCACAGUGGUACGGUUCGUCUUGCUGGGAUUUUCUGAAUUUCCAAAUAUCCAAGGUUUCCUAUCUGGGGUGUUCUCCAUCAUUUACAUAGUUAUCCUCAUUGGGAACUUCCUCAUAAUCAUAAUAACCAGGCUGGACCCUGCACUGCACAAACCCAUGUACUUUUUCCUGGGACAUUUUUCUUCACUGGAAAUCUGUUAUGUUUCAGUCACUCUCCCGAGGAUUCUGGUCAGCCUUUGGACUCAGGAUAGGAGCAUCUCCCUACUGAGCUGUGCCACACAAAUGUAUUUUUUCCUUAUGUUUGGAGCAACAGAAUGUUUCCUCCUGGCUGUGAUGUCUUACGACCGUUAUGUGGCCAUCCGUAACCCUCUGCACUAUCCUCUAGUCAUGAACCCAAAGAAGUGCCAUCAACUGGCAGCUGGCUCCUGGCUUGGGGGAAUGCCAGUCCAGAUAGGACAAACAUGGCAAAUAUUCUCUCUGCAUUUCUGUCAUUCUAACCGAAUCAACCACUUCUUCUGUGACAUACCCCCCAUUCUCAAGCUAGCCUGUGGGGAAACUUUUGUGCAUGAGGUGUCUGUCUAUAUAGUAGCUGUGUUAUUUGCUGUAGUCCCUUUUAUGUUAAUACUUGCCUCUUAUAGCAAAAUUGGACUCACGAUUCUGAGGUUGCCAACAGCCCAAGGAAGGGCUAAGGCAUUCUCCACUUGCUCCUCCCACCUGCUGGUUGUGAUUUUAUUUUUUGGAUCAGCUUCCAUUACCUACCUUAGGCCCAAAUCCAACCAUUCUGCAGGAACUGACAAAGUGCUCUCUCUUUUAUACACCAUAGUGACUCCUAUGUUUAAUCCCAUGAUAUACAGCCUUAGGAAUAGGGAUGUGAUUGCUGCUCUGAAAAGAUUCAUGCUUAAAACAUAG